AUGGAGGAGGAAGGAUCUGGGACUAUGGAGGAGAUUGAGGGAAUGGAGAGCAAUGUCGAGAUGAAGGAAGGAAGAGGGAGCACGAAAAAUCAAGAGAGGCGGCAUACUGACGAAAUUUUGCAGAACAACAUCGUCAACGCCGAGCGACGAGGAAAGCGACAGGUCCUUAUCCACCCCUCCUCCAAGGUUGUGGUCAAGGUCCUCUCCGUCAUGCAGAAGCACGGUUACAUCGGCGAGUUCGAGGUCAUUGACGACCACCGAGGUGGCAAGAUUGUCAUCCAGCUCAACGGUCGACUCAACAAGUGUGGCGUCAUCUCCCCCCGAUUCAACGUCUCUGUCGACUCUAUCGAGAACUGGGUCUCUCAGCUCCUCCCCGCCCGAUCUUUCGGUAAGAUCAUCCUUACCACCUCUGCUGGUAUCAUGGACCACACCGAGGCCCGUAACAAGCACGUUGGUGGCAAGAUCCUUGCUUACGUCUACUAA